AGAGCUGUAGCGAACCGUAUGUAUUCGUUACUGAGUAACGGGUGCGCCAUCUAGUACCGAGUACCGAAUCGUUACUCACAAAUGCAUCUCGUUACUCGCACUUUUCAUCGUAUGGCCGUUCCUACACUGAUUCGGUUCACGCAAGUACCGUAGAUGCGUCAUGCGUGUAUUGAAACGUUUGUUGAUCGUAUGUUUUACGCGCAGGCGCUCUCACGCGCUAAAUUUCAAAUCGUACGUUACAAAGACCGAUGUUUGUUUACUGUUUAGAGUGUUUAGAUUAUUGAGUAUAUAAUUUGGAAAUUCGUCGUCCAAGUUUUUAAUGUUUAUUAACUGUGUAGACAAAAUUAUUGUUUAUUAACUGUGUAGACAAAAUUUGAGAUUGGAACAGAAACAAGGUAAGAAAGUAAUUUUUACAAAUUAGAAAUACAUAAUAUGUAUGUUUUUGUUUUUUACUAGAGCGAAUUUUCACUUUUUUGUUCUUAUCUUAAAAGAGAUAUUUUAAUAAAGCUGCUCCAAUAAGAUGUUUUUGUUUCUUGGCUAACAAAAGCUGUUAAUUAUCAAAUAUCGUUAAUUGUUUGUACUCGAUUUAUUAUUAUUUACACUUUAUUUUUAUUUUACAGAUCAAUUCACCUUCUACAAUGAACAACAAAAGAAGUAAACUGUGGGGGUUUUUUACGCAAACUAAAGACGAUAAGGCAAAAUGUGACCUUUGCAAUUCAUUGUACUCAGUGAAAGGCGGCUCUACUACAAAUUUGAAAAAGCAUCUCAUAAAAAAACACAGAUCAACCUAUGAAACCAUCAUUCCAUGCUCCGUGUCAGAUGCAGCAGUUCUAGAAGCUCCUAUACCAUCAACUUCAUCAAAUACAGAAUCUAUUCAGCCUGUAAAUAAAACGAAUGAAAGCAAUCCGCAGCAAACUAAGUUAAGUGCCUUUAUUAAACGUCCAGUAGGUGUAGUGAGAGAAAAAAAAAUUAAUGAUUUAAUUUUUAAAAUGAUAGUUUUAGACCUUCAGCCUUUUUCUGUGGUUGAAGACGCAGGUUUUAAAAAUCUAAUUAAUUACUUAGAACCAGGUUAUAAAAUGCCUUCAAGAUACAUUUUAAGCAAUACUUUACUGGAUGCUCAGUACGCAGAAGUCCAAAAAAAAUUAAAAGAAGAAUUGGAGAGUGCAAAAUAUAUUUCGAUUACCACCGAUGGCUGGACUUCGAGAGCAACAACUUCGUACCAAGCUGUAACAGCUCAUUAUUUGUUAAAUUGGCAGUUGAAGUCCGCUUUGUUAGGAUGUUUUGAGUGUCAUGAGCGACACACGGCCGAAUAUAUUAAAAAUGAGCUGUAUAGUUUGCUUUCCCAUUGGAGCAUACAAAAUAAAAUAUUUGUCUGCGUAACAGAUAAUGCAGCGAAUAUGAAGGCGGCUAUACGGUUAACUAAUUAUGAACAUUUGCCGUGUGUCGCUCACACUCUUAAUUUAGUCGUGCGUGCAGGACUCCAGGACUGUGGGCUUGGGGAGCUAAUAAAAAAAAUAAAAGUCAUUGUGGAGCAUUUUCACAAGAGUUCAAUAGCUACUAAAAAACUAAUAUCAAUGCAGGAGCAGCUGAUGCCUAACCAAAAAGCAUUAAAGCUAAAAAUGGACGUAAUCACCAGAUGGAACAGUACCCUAGACAUGAUUGAGAGGAUUAGUUCACUUCAAGAACCAUUAGAAGCGUGUCUUGGAAUCCUUCACAAUCCAGUAGAAAACCUUUCAGAAGGCGAAUGGCAGUCACUACCAGAAAUAAUAAAAAUUCUGAAGCCAUUCAAGCAGCUCACUGAAGAAAUGUCUUCUGAAAAAAAAGUGACUGUUUCAAUGGUUUUGGCUUCAACAGAAAGUAUGAUGACAAUUUUUCACAAUUUAGAUACAAAUAUUAUUACAGAUACAGGAAAGAAACUGACGAAUAAAAUACUAACGGAAUUUAAAAGUAGAUUCAAGAACUGUUAUAGGCACCCAGUAUUAUCUAAAGCAGCACUCUUAGACCCGCGUUUUAAGAAGCUGGCAUUUAGGUUUGAUACAUCAAGUUAUGAGUCUGCUAAAGAUGCAUUGAAAACUGAGCUGCAAAAUGAGUUUAACUUUCACAAGCAGCCAAUAGAACGUAACGAGAACGAAUCGACGUUAGCUAUAUAUACUGGCGACACCGACGCUGAUAAUGACUCAUUAUGGAAAGAUUUUGACGCUUUGGCAACGUCAGCAUCUGCUUCGAACUCCAUGGUUAGCAGCAGCAUAAUUACCAUGAGGCAAUAUCUAGAAGAACGCAUUAUUCCUCGAAAUGAGUGUCCUUUGAAAUGGUGGCAGGCACGGGCAAUUCUAUACCCCGAACUUUCAAACUUGGCUGAGAAAUAUUUAUCAGUGAUGGCUUCUUCGGUACCAUCUGAAAGGACUUUUUCCAAAUCGGGCCAAAUACUAAGUGAGAGGCGCAGCUCUAUUCAACCAAAGCGAAUGGAAAAGAUUUUAUUUUUAAAUAUGAACCAGAGAUUCCUGCCAUAAAAUGUCUUUAUUUAAUAUGUUUUUUUUAUUUACUGAAAUUUCGUGAGGAGCAAGGUGUUAAAUUUUAACACGUACCUACUCAUAAUAAUUGCAGUACUCUAGGUUCAAUUUCAUUCUAAGAAAGUUCUUUUA